AUGAAAAUUGGAAUACAACAAAGAUUCAUAAUAUGCAAUCUAAUUGCAUCCAUUCUAUUUUUGAUUUUGGGACUUACUUAACUUAUCAAUACAUUAGAUUCUGGACUAUUUAUUAUUGUGGAUCUCAUAUUUUCUUUAACUUUUUUAUUGUUAGACUACAAAUAAAAGUUUAUUUGUUUAAAAGGAGAUUAUUAUUUAGCUUUAACUCAAUUAGUUAUGCAAAUAGUUCAAAUUGAAAUGACGAUAAUCACUUAAUAGAAGGUAUGUAUAGUCUUUUAAAUAAAGGGAAUUUUCAUAUUUAUAAUAUUGAAACUUUUAGCCUUGACUAAGGUUCUCAGAGUAUAAUUGCUAUAGAAAUUAAUAUACUUUAUAGUACUCAUAUAUUCAAUCAUAAGAUUCAAUGAGUAUUAGUAUCCAAUAUCUUAUUUAGGAUUGAUAUUUACACCAAUUCUUAUGGUAAUGUGAUUAUUAUAAUUGUAGUUACAAGAAUAAAGUGAUGAAAAUGAUCUUUUGAUGUUAUUGAAGGAUAUCUUACCAUUGCCUUUGUUAGUGAUAGAUAAAUCAUCUCGGAAGCCAAUGUAUCAUACUAAGGCUUUGGAAAAUGAAUAUAAAUAUAAUACAUCACACUCAGAAGAAUUUAUUGAAUGUUUGAAUCACUUUUUUUCAGACAAUAAAAUCAAACUCUAAAUGUUAUUUGAUAAUUCAAAAGACUUUUUAUACAAUCCAUAAACUAGAUUUAGAUCCAUAUUUACAGAAAUAAUGGAUAAUUGUUAAUAUUUAGCAUAAAGUCCUUUGUUUCAAAAGUUCAAAGAUUUACAUGAACCUAAUAAUGACAAUGAUGAGUAGAUGGAAGAACAAAAAAAAUAGCAAUUUGAUUAAGUUCAUGAUUUUAUGAUAGAUACUCCUAAAUAUCAAUAGUUUAAUAGAAUUCCUAUAUAAUUAAGUGAGGAAACUCCUAAAAAUCAAAAAUCAAAAAUUAUGGAAGAAUUCUUAAUAUAGAGUUAAAGUUAAAGAAAUAUUUGUGUAAAUGAAUUGAAAAAGAAAAGAUUGAAAUUAUUUUUUAAUCAUUGUUUUUGGAAUAAGAAUGAAGCUUUUCUUUUGAUAUUUUAAAAUAAAGAAAUUGAAAAAUCAUUAACUUAAUUUUAAUAACAAUUAAUAGAAUAAAAAUAAAUAUGUGAAAAUAAAGAUAUGAUUCUUGCAACUGUUUUUCAUGAUUUUAAAACACCUAUAAAUGGAAUAGUUGCCAUUUUAGAAACCUUAGAAAGUAAAUAGGAUUUAAAUCCAUAAGAGAAAUACUAUCUUAAUAUUAUUAGAAAGAAUGUUUAUCUUAUGUUAUAUAUGAUUUAUGAUAUAUAGGAUUAUGCAAGAAUAGAAAAGAAUUAAUUAAGACUUUGUAUUAGUGAUUUUUAUAUUAAUGAAUUGAUAGAUGAAGUUAUUGAAACCAUAUCUAUUUCAGCAGAAUAAAAAGGAGUUGAAAUUAAAACAUAUUAUGACAUUCCUUUUUAUCAAGUUCAUUCUGAUCCAAAUAGAAUCAAAUAAAUUAUAAUGAAUAUAUUAUCGAAUUCUCUUAAAUUCACAGAAAAAGGCAGUAUAACAAUAACUGUCUAAUCUUUAAAUACAGAUAAAUCUUAAAAUAUAAAGAGAAGUAAUUCCUCCAAAAACAUUAGUUUUUUAAAUGCUAAUCAAUCAAUUUCUUAGAUUCGAAAGUCUCUAUAAGGCAAACAUCCAACUAUGUCUUUUAAUAAACUUGUAUAUACAAUCUCAAUUGAAGAUACAGGUUGUGGAAUUGCUGAUUCAGUAAAACCACAAUUAUUUAAUUUGUUUGCUACUUUCUCAUCAUAAAAAAUAGAAAAUAAGAAUGGUACUGGAAUAGGUUUAAUGGUCUGUAAAAAACUUGUAAGUUUAUUAGGACCAUUAGAUACAAUUGAUUUGUAAAGUGAAUUAAAUGUAGGAACAAAAAUGACAUUUUAGAUAUAUGCUAAAUUAUAAGAUAAUACUUAUAGAUCAUCAAAUUAUGUUAGUUGUUUUAAAUAAGAAAACAGUUCUUAACAUUUAAGUAAUUUUCAAAAUGAUGAAUCUCCUAAUGCAAAAGAUAAAUUAUAUCAAUAAUCCUUAUUUGUUAGAUCAUCUUAUCUUAGAUUAUACACAAAACCUAUAGAUAAGGCAGAAACAGAGAUGUAUGAACCUUCAUUAGAAGAUGCUGAUCAAACUAAAUCAAAAAAUAUUUUAUAAUUUUAAUCAUUAAGUUAGAAAACUUAAUUAUAAAAAUGUUUACAAUAAAAAGAUCCCUUAGAAGUAUAAGAUCCUAAGUUUAUAAUACAAUAAUUACUUCAGAGUUAAAAAUUUGGUAUUUUAAUAGUUGAUGAUCAAGCAUUUAAUUUGCUUGCUUUUAAAAUAUUAUUAUAAAAUUUAAUACCUUAAGUAGAUGUAAUUGAAGCUUAUAAUGGAUAAUAAGCAAUAAUUAAAGUAAUUAUUGAAUAAUAAUUUUAGUUAUAAGAAUAAUAAAAGAGUUUAAAUAUAAAAUAUGUUUUUAUGGAUUUGCAAAUGCCAAUUUUAAAUGGAUGGCAAGCAGCCGAAAAAAUUCGUAAAAUGGUAUUAAAUUAUUUAAUUCUAUAUAGAUUGAUAAUAAAGAAAUUGAUAAUAUAAAAUUGAUAGCUUUAUCAGGAUUUGAUGAUGAAUCUUAAUAGGAGAAAUGUGAAAAAUCGGGAUUCGAUGCAUUUCUUUCAAAACCAAUUAGAAUUGAAAUGAUUUCAGAAGUGUUUUAUCAACUUGAAAAGAAUUUUGAUUGA